CUGGUAGUUGCAGAUGAUUGUAUCAUACAGGCUUUCCUUACCAUAAAUUGGACAAACGAGUGUCCAAAAGGUCUCUUGUAUUAUAUAGUCAAACACAUCAAUCUUAGAUUUGGAAAUCUGCAAUGAAUAUUCAACGCUGCCAAACUAAAACUGUGAAACUUGUUGCAAAACAGGUAGCUGUUUGUGCCAUUCAAGUAAUUGAGAUGGUUGCAUCAUCAUAUAAGAUUGGUAGUUCAGAGGUGCUUAUGGGCUGGGCUGGACUCUGGCCCCCUGAGAACAUAUGGUAUGAUCAAUCAAGUGAUAUUUUCAUUGGCCUGAUAGUUUCUGGUGUUCAAAGUCUUUCUUCCAGUGUGCAAAGCACUCCGGAAAAGAAUGGACAUUCAGAUUUUGCUUCAAGAAGUCCAGAGCUUCUCCAAGAGUUACUGAAAUCAGGUCCAAGAAAGGAUCUUUAUCAAACUUGCUUCGAUAAGGAAAAGAAGCAUUCAGCUUCAUCAAAGUCCAAAAUGGCUGAACAAGCUCCAAAGACAAGUAAGAAAACAUCAAAGAACCAGGAGCCAAAAAAAGCAUCUUCAAGUCCGAAGGAUCAUCCUUCAAGAAAGCAACCUAGGAAGGGGGAAAAUCCCAUCCAAAUUCCACCACCUUCAGAGCAAUGCGCUGAUGUCAAAUGUUCAAAUUCAUGGAUCUGUAAAAAUUCUGCAUGUCGAGCCACUCUAUCAAUAGAUGACAUAUUUUGCAAGAGGUGCUCAUGCUGCAUUUGUCAUCUAUUUGACGACAACAAGGAUCCAAGUCUUUGGUUGGAAUGCACAUCUGAAUCAGGUCAAGGAGACUCCUGUGGCUUAUCUUGCCACAUUGAGUGUGCCAUCCAACGUGGAAAGGUGGGGGUUGUUGAUCUAGGGCAAUUGAUGCAGCUUGAUGGGAGUUAUUGUUGUGCUUCUUGUGGUAAGGUAUCAGGGAUACUUGGAUAUUGGAAGAAGCAGCUAAGUAUAGCUAAGGAUGCUCGCCGUGUUGAUGUCCUCUGUUAUAGGAUAUUCUUGUGUUACAGGCUCCUGGAUGGGACUUCCAGGUUCAAAGAACUGCAUGAAAUUGUUAGAGAUGCCAAGGCCAAGUUAGAAACCGAGGUGGGUCCAGUUAAUGGAGUUUCAGCCAAGAUGGCACGAGGCAUUGUUAGCAGACUCUCUGUUGCAGGUGAGAUGCAGACACUCUGCUCUCGGGCAAUUGAAAAAGCUGAUGAAUUGUUGGAUGCAGUAGAUAGUGUGGACUCAAAUAUCAGAGCUACUGAGGGUUCACUUCCUGCAGCUUGCAGAUUCCUCUUUGAACAGGUGACUUCUUCUUCAGUCGUGAUUGUAUUGCUCGAACUGUCUGCUGCAUCCUCUAGCAAUAUUAAGGGCUACAAGCUCUGGUAUUGUAAUAGUAGAGAAGAAACACAUACAAAAGAGCCUGUAUGUGUUUUUCCAAGAUCACAGAGGAGAAUUUGGAUAUCCAAUUUGCAGCCUUGCACGGAGUAUUCCUUCCGGAUAGUAUCCUUCACGGAGGCUUGCGACUUGGGACACUCUGAAGCAAAGUGUUUUACCAAGAGCGUGGAGAUAAUUCACAAGAAUCCCAACUUGAAAGCAUUGAUUUGUAAAAAAGAAAAUUCGCAAAUUGAAGGAAGUUCUGGUGCCAAGAUGGAGCAUACAACUACAACAACCAUUGAAUGUGACUCUGGAUUCAAGGUCCGAGACCUGGGUAAGAUCCUACGGCUGGCAUGGGCACAAGAAAAAGGCUGCUUUGAGGGGUUCUGUAAUGUAGAUAUAGAGAAAUGCUGUGGAGUUGGGAAAGUAAUUAAGGAAACUCCGCAAGAAGAAAGGCUACCGUCUGUUUCACGUGAGCUAGACUUAAAUGUAGCUUCAGUGCCUGACUUAAAUGAAGAGGCAAUUCCUCCUAUAGAUUCCUCUAGGGAUGAAGAUAAUGGAUGCACUUUGGGGCGAGCCGUUGGGGCAGAUGAUGAUGCUCUCUCUCAUGAUGUUGAGGGGAAUGGCACUGCAAGGUCGCAUGGUAGUGGGGACUCCCAAAACUGGAACCAUGGACCAAAUGAUGAAGUGCCGGCUGUUGACUCCCGUGCGGAAUAUUGCCGGAAAAGGGCAGCUAGCACAAAUGAAGAGACACUUGACUGUGAUAGCACCCUGAUAAAUGGAUCACCAUUUCAAUUACGAAAUGGGUCAGGGUGCUUGGAUGAGAAUUUUGAGUACUGUGUGAAGAUCAUUCGUUGGCUUGAAUGCGGGGGUUACAUUAAAAAGGAAUUCAGAUUGAGAUUGCUAACAUGGUUUAGCUUGAGAUCAACGGAGCAGGAACGCAGAGUGGUCAACACCUUUAUUCAAACUCUCAUUGAUGAUCCAAGUAGCUUAGCAGGACAGCUGGUGGACUCCUUUUCAGAUAUCAUUUCCCAGAAGAGGCCCCGAAAUGGUUUCUGCAGUAAGCUGUGGCAUUAGAUUAGUUAGGGGAUUCAGGAAAACGGGAUUGCUAUUUAACUUAAAUAUUUAUCAUUUCAUGUGAUAAAUUAUUGCUGAUCGUUUUGCCCAUUCUUUGUACAGGCAUUUUUCCCUAAUCACCUGCUGAAGUGAUUCAUUGUCCGUGGACAAGUCUGCCCGGGUGGUCAUUAUUUGCCACGGUUGUUCCUGAUUUAUCGGUAGGGGAGAGCUCUCUCGGACUCCAGUAGAUUUGACAUUCUUGAAGGCAUUUAUUUAUUUCUUAAGCUUCAAAAUUGCAUUUGAAGCAGUUGAAUUAAGUUAUGUAGAAUACAUUCAGAUAUUGUUGGUAUUGCCUUCUAUCAGUUAUGGAAGAAGGGGUGGAAAAAUAUUCACCACUUCCAAUUCUUUGUGUGACUUGAUCUUUCUGAUUAAGAACAUAUUA